AUGUUCUACGAUCUGAACGUUCCUUACAGCCCAGAUGACCCUGAGGCGCCCCACACCUUGAACUUUCUGGCUGAACUUGGUUACACCACAGUGGCCUUGUCCCAAACUCUCACUGGGAAGCUCCCCUCGAGCGUUAGCCCUCCGCCCCUGCCACCGAAUCCGCCAAAAACCCUCCAGCUACUGACCCGGCUCAACCUAACGCUUUCCGACCCCGCGCAAAAUCAGCGGCUCAACAACUUGACACAAGCUUAUGACAUUGUUGCUCUACGCCCCACAAAUGAAAAAACCCUCCUCAAUGCCUGUACCAACUUAGAGUGUGACGUGAUAUCACUCGAUCUUUCUGUGCGACUUCCAUUCCAUUUCAAAUUUAAAAUGCUGUCGGCUGCGAUAUCACGUGGUAUUCGCCUGGAGAUCUGCUAUGGUCCGGGGGUCACAGGGAGCGGACUGGAUGCCCGCCGCAAUCUUAUCGGGAACGCAAUGUCAUUAAUCAGAGCUACUCGAGGCGGCCGCGGCAUUAUUGUGUCAAGUGAGGCCAGGCGCGCGUUGAGCUUACGGGCUCCAUGGGACGUGAUCAAUUUGACCUGUGUUUGGGGUCUGUCACAAGAGCGCGGCAAGGAGGCAAUUUGCGAAGAAGCUAGGAAGGUCACAGCAUUGGCCAGGCUCAAGCGUACCAGCUGGCGCGGAAUUGUUGAUAUUGUUCAUGGCGGCGAAAAGGCUAAGCACGAGAAGCCGAUCGCAAAACAAAAGGGCCAAGCCCAGUCAACGGCAUCCACAGAGCCGGGAACCAUCACCGAUACUCUGAAGAGAAAGGCGUCUCUUGGAUCCGAGUCGGUCGCGGAGGAGGCUGAGAAGCCUCUGUCCAAGAGAGAGAUGAAACGGCGAGCGAAGAAGGCUCGACUAGGGUCACAAGGAGAAGACGCGAGCUGA